AAUUGACAGUUAGCAAAGUGUUACUAGAACAUUAGACAAUUGUGUAUGUGACAACUUUAAUUUAUUUGUUAUUUUAACAUUGUAAUGUUGAAGAAUGUCAACCACAACUAGAAACACAAAAAAAUCAUCGAAAACAUCAGUUACUAAACGGAGAAAAUCUUCUUCUAGUAAACGAAAGAACAGUAAAGGAGAUACUUCGUCUAUACAAUCGCUGACCGAAAGCAAUUCUGGUGAAAUUUCAAAGGACAGUCAAAUAAGUUCAAUAAAAUCUUUAAUAGACUAUCAGGAAGAAGUGACGAUGAUUUUCUUUCGAAGUAUGCUUCCUAUUAUUAUUGAGAAAUGGGAGGUGAUUUCACCCGAAACCGAAAUAGCUUCGAUUAGUGCGGAAUCUUUAAAAGUAGACGAUAUUAAUGACAUUAGCGAAACCGACUUGCGAACUCUUGAUUUAACGACAUCGGUAAUGGAAAAUUCAAAGUUUCUGGAAAGUACCGAACUCAUUACAGUACCCAGUUUGCAGAAAGAAUCCAAGGAAGGAGAAUCUUCUACAAAAUCAGGAAAAUUCACCUCACAAUCUAAUCUGGAGGGCACGGAAACGGGCGAAACAGUAAAAACAGAAUCAUCAUACCUCUUUACCGUUGAUAGUGUCAAAGUAAUGUUUAAAAACGGUAAUUAUUAUCAAGGUCCCAUUUACCGAACCUUAUUUCACGGAAUUGGGAAAUUUGUUUGGAAAGACGGAACACAAUAUGAAGGUGAAUUUAGAAAUGGGGAAAUAACAGGAAAAGGAAUAUUAAUUUACUCUGAUUUGAGCUACUACAAAGGAGAUUUCUGUAAAGGCAUUUUGAAUGGAAAAGGUAUUAAAUUUAUUCAUUCCUCUGCGAUGCUCUACAAUGGAGAGUGGAAAAGAGGAAAAAAACAUGGCAAAGGAUGGCUAUUGUACAAACCUGGAGUUUGGUAUGAUGGGGAAUGGGCUGAAGAUUAUUAUGAAGGAUACGGAAUGAGACGUUACGAUUCACACAUGUCGUAUAAAGGACACUGGUUAAAAGGAUUACAGCAUGGAGCGGGGACGAUGGUCUGGCAAAAUCAUGACAUCUAUAUAGGUGAAUGGAAAGAGGGGUUGAUGAACGGUUAUGGAGAAUACACAUGGAAUGCCAUAUUAACCAGAACAUUAAUUUUUCCAAUACGAAAUAGUUUUAAAGGUUCAUGGUUACAAGGAAUGCGCGAUGGAGCAGGAAUAAUGGACUUUGGGACAGAAGGAGGGGCAAAACUUGCCGGCAUAUGGCAGUGUGAUUAUAAACAUGGCCCUGGUGUUUUUAUUUGUGGAAACGGAAAAUCAGUCGAAGGUGAUCCACUAUUUGUAUUCGAUAAGCCUGCAAAUACCCAUUCAGCUCACAUAUAUAUGAACUUUUUUGCGCCAAAAAGUAGUGAAAAAAGUGACGGUACUACUGAUAAUCUCGUAAUAAUACCAUCAAAAACACUAAAUGAUGAUGGGGAAAAAUGCAAAAAAAACCUCAACGAACUUUUAAAUGCGAUCAACGAAACUACAGGUACAACUACCAAUAUGAAGAGCGAACCCUAUCAAAUAGUUGGCAUAGACAUGUAUGCAGCACCUGAAGAAAUUGAUAUUGCGAAUUAUUUAACAUUUAUUAUAGAUCAUCUAGAGGAAGAUAAACAUACAAAAUCUUCCGAAAUUGACAAAGCUUUACAGGCAGAUGAUGUACAUUUUACUACUUCUACUGACCUUGGUUUAUGGGCAAGUUCUGUCGCAACUGGUAAAAAAUUUGUAAAAAUCGUAGAAGCCAGGCUAAAUCCACCAAAAGAAAAUGAAGUGGAGAAUGAAACGGAAUUUUCACCUGAACUGGAGGAACAACGAUUUCGGGAGAUUAUAAUAAAGCGUAUGCUGUCCUUACAGGAUGUGUACAAAUAUUAUGCCACUCUAACAUCACAGAAGACAACUAAUUAUAAUGUUGUUAUGGUCCGUUUGCUGCUUUGGCAGUUUUUUCGAGAUAUAGGAAUUUUACAUUACAAUUACAGUAUAGAUGAAUUGGAUAUGUUGCUAAAUAAAAACGAUGCGUGUAAUUUAGAAACAGAACACUACCCCUUUGAGAAAAUUUACUUUUGGCAAUUUUUGCAUGUAAUUAUUACAUUAGCAUUACAUAUUUACAUGGUUAAACAGAAAAUCGAAUUUGACACCAGUGAAGGGAUACUUGCUGGCGUUUUUACAAAAUUUUUAGAUGAAAUUGUACUGCCAAAGUUUGGAAAAAGUAGAGCUUACUGUCUGUUUGAAUACAGAGAUCUGUUACCUAUCAGAAGUGCUUACUUACUUUAUAGAAGUUUUGGGGAAUCCAAAUCGGCAAAGAUGUUCCUUUCUAAGACAUGUAUACGAAAAAACCAAAUUCCUCCAUGUUAUUUAACUUUUCAAAAGGAUAAAAUUCAUAAGAGAUUAUAUAGUGGCAUCAACAGUGCUUCUGUGGGAAAUAACGUUAUUUUUAUACCAGGUGAAGAACCAAUAGUUUCACAAUCAGAAGAAGUAGUUCCGAUUAUUGAAGAUCAACAAUUUCAAGACAAUAUGAUUAUAUUUAGACUACUUGGUCCAAAGAGGGUUCGCAAAUGUCUAGAAGAUGUCUGUCCAAACAUUGUAAAAGAUGAGACGAUAGUUAACAUGGACUAUCCAUUGUCAUUUAUUGAGUUUUAUGAUUUGUUAUUGAAAUGUGCUUUUAUGUGGGUUGAUAAAAUUAAAGCUAGAGAACGGCGCUUAGAAAGCAAGAAAAAUGUGCAGAUAGAUUUGCCACCACAACAAAAAAAGAUUAAUAUUAAAGCUAAAAAGAAAUAAUUUAACAAUAUCAUAUUUUAAAAUUAUUUUGAAUAAGUGUUUUAUUUUUUAUUUCAUAUAACCCAUUUACAUUUUCUUAUAAAUGCCCGACAACUUAUGUAUAUUAUACGUUG